CGAUUAUAUUACCGGAUAACAACAAUUUCCAAUAUGGCGUCAAACGAAAACAGCUUCGGGAAUCGAAAGAAACACAGGUUUGACCUACCACCCCCGCUUAACACUGACGCGACAAGUUUUAAUCAGACAACUUAUGGUGAUCAAGAGGACAGAUAUUCAUCAAAUGUAACUGACACAACAACUCCCGAGUAUAAAAACGCACGGGAGUACGCCAGGGCACUUCAGCCAUGGCUCUAUCAAUACAGACUCUGGAACUUUCUCAGUUCGACACCCUCCAUGUUUCCUUAUCAAAUGAUGAACUGUAUGCAUCCUAUGAGCCCGUUAACCGGCUCUCAGCCGAUCUUGAGGGGGGUACCAACCCCACUGUCGACAGGUAUCCCUCAAGCUCAGAUGCCCGGGGGAAGAAGCCAGACCCCGCCCACUUUCGGAGGUCGGGCACGGAUGACGCCAAAUACAAACAUCGUACGAGGUACAGAGUAUAUUAUCCCGUCUUUGUGGAAAAGAGUCCUGGCAGAGCUGGUUGACUUUGCAGUGUUAUUCUACAUGAAGAUAAUUGUCACUGUUUUAAUACUGAGGCAGAUGGGUUACCUACGCGACGACAAUAACAUAUUAGACGUACACCUAGACCUCAUGCCUGUGCUGGAUUUUGCAAAAGUAGACCUGGAUGAAGCCCUGAAUUUCACAUCUGAAAUAAUUGCACUGGAAAUUGUUAAUCGUGUUUUCAUAACACUUUUCGAGACGCUGUGUAUACGACAAGGAUAUGGCUCAGUAGGUGGCGCCACUCCAGGGAAAAGGAUUCUGGGACUGAAGGUGGUGUCCUGUGAGGAAGUAAUUGUACCGGCUAACUUUAGGAACGGCCGGGUGAUCGUCAUUCCAGCGCAAAAUGUGGGCAUGGUCAGUGCCUUGGUCCGAUCAACUAUCAAAAAUUUUACAAUGGCCUUUUUAUUUCCGGCCUGUUUCACCGUUUUCUUUUUCCGACAUAGUAGAGCAGCUUACGAUGUGAUUGCAAAGACAAUAGUAGUUCAAGCUCCAGCUCCACAUAUACAUCAACAUCAUCAGCCUCCACAGUGACCGGCUUCAAAUAUCAC